CCUCGACAGUGUAAUGGAACAAAAACUGGAUCAUUAAAGUGUGUUUUUUCCCUUUCUUUCUUCUUCUUUCUGGCAGUCACUGACUGAAUACCUGAAAAAGUUCAUUUAAGCAGGAAUUUGUUCACGAAAAAGUCAUCGAGUUGUUCCGCUGGACGCUGGACUAAGAAAGAAAUAUAAAACAUUAUUAGUAAUAUUAAUUUCUAUUGGCGUUUAAAAUAAGGUUUCUUCACGUCGAGUGAUUACGAACGCUUUGCAAUUCUUUAUAAAGAACCGAAACUAUCGCUAAGGACUACUGAAGUUUGAACUGUAUUCGGAAGUAAUAGUGAAAACUAUAAUCUUUCUCUGAAUAAAGGUACAUUUUUUCAAUAUGGUUUAUUUUUUAUUAUUCAUUUCAUGGAUUGUCUUCGCUGAUGUGUCCGCACAGCUCACACCAGUCAGAGAAGAAAUAUUUGAUUCAAGCAAACAGCACAGACUACAAUGGACAUUCUCACCACUAAACGCUUGGAAUGAAACACAAAUGCAGCUUGGAAAGAACUAUACACACUCUGUCUACCAAGCUUGUAACCCAGAAUUGAAUAAGGAUCACAAAACACUUUGGACCAACUGGAUCCCCAAACAAGAUGCCCGUGAACUUUUUCUGGACCUACGUUUUGCCCAAGCGGACCAGCAGCCUCUUUCUGUCUAUGUGCGAGAAUCAAACGAAACGCACAAUCAGUACUUCAGAAGACCAAAAAGAUCACCUCUUCUCCAGAUCACAGUCCAGCAUCCGUUUCCUGAUGCUGUUCCACAGGAUGAGCACCUGAGACAUGCUAAGGGCCUUAAAUUGGGAAAGAUCUCUCAGAAGGGCUUUCACCUGGGAUUUAGCUACAGCGGCAAGUGCACUUUUAUUGCUUCGAUCCAGGUGUUCUUCCUGAAAUGCCCAACACUUGUUUGGAACCAAAUGGAAUUUGAGGAAACAGCAGCAGGAGGGUUGGGGAGAGGAGUUUGUGUUAACGGUUCUGUGGAGAUCAGCACCCCAAAGAGGGAAUGUAACACAAAUGGGACGUGGGGUCCACCGCAGGGGUUAUGUGUCCCUGAUACAGGAUACAAGACAGACGGAAACCAUUCAGAAAUAAGACCUCCAGUAAACCUGUUCUCCGCUCCUGACUCUAUAGCUGAUUCCAGCCUGGGACCCUCUUCUGUCCUAACUGCUGGUCUAGUGUGUUCUGUUCUGGUUUUUCUCAUUCUCAUUGCUGUUGUGUUCAUCUUUGUAAGGCGUCACAAGUUCAGUGGAGGUCAAGAAACAGAGCCCUUAUCCAGAUCUGGUGUGACUCAAUAUCGACGUACUCAAGAACUAGUAUACACUGCUCAUCCGGAGCUAAUCAACAUUUGUAGGAUGAGCAGCUGUGAUCAGAGCGGUGAUUGUAGGCCUUGUCCUCCCAGAAGUACAACACUUGGAGAGGAAGUGUCUCAGCGUGACAAUGGAUAUGAACAGCUGCAUACUGACCGACCUCAGCACGAAUCCACAAUUGAGGUGUUGGAAGGAAUGAGUGAUAGGCUGCUGUGUGAUCUUAGAGACGUGAUGGUGGAACGUACAAAGUUGAUAAUGGGCCAAAAGCUUGGGAAAGGAGAAUUUGGGGCCGUCUAUGAGGGCAUAUUUUCCCCUCAGAAAGGACAAGAUAUCAGAGUGGCAGUGAAAACCUUGAAAGGUGCAGUCCACAGUAAAGAAGAUCUGGAGUCCUUCCUCAAGGAGGCAGAAAUUAUGAAGCAUUUUGAUCACGUGAAUGUAGUCAGAUUGCUUGGGGUGGCACUAGAGAGGGAUCCGGGGUCCUCCAUCCAUGUACCGCUUGUUAUUCUUCCGUUCAUGAAGCAUGGAGAUCUACACAGCUUCCUCAAAGCGACCCGCUACGGUGAUAUACCCAUGUUUGUGCCUUAUCAGCGUCUUCUGGGUUUCAUGAUUGACAUUGCUGCAGGAAUGGAGUAUCUCAGCCUUCAGGGUUUCUUACACAGAGACCUGGCUGCCCGCAAUUGCAUGUUGGGGGAUGAUCUGCAUGUCUGUGUGGCUGACUUUGGCCUGUCUAAGAACAUCUAUUCCAGUAACUACUACAGGCAGAAGAAUAUGAAAGUUAACAUGCCUGUAAGGUGGAUGGCUAUAGAGAGUCUGUCUGACUUCUUAUACACCACCAAGAGUGAUGUGUGGUCUUUUGGAAUAACCAUGUGGGAGAUCACAUCCAGAGGGAAGGUGCCUUAUCCAGGUAUCACUGGUCAUGAUCUCCUGGACUUCCUGGAAAAUGGACACCGUCUCAAACAAGGGGACAAUGACAGUAAAUUAUAUGAGCUUAUGUUGAGCUGCUGGCACAGAGAUCCCUCUCAGAGGCCAGGAUUUGGAGAGCUGGGCCAAAACCACAAAUCACUUAUCUACCACCCCCCAACACCAGCGAAAACACCGAAAAUACACACUACAUCAACCUGGGUCUGGAGGCAGCCAGUGAUCACCAGGACAGCGCAGAGAGCCUGGAGCCUGAGAUCCGUGAGAGAAGAGAAGGAAAAGGAUGAGAAGGAAGACCUGCUGUGCAUUACAAUUUAA